AUGGGAAAUUCAGCGUAUAUUGCUACAAUCAAAGUAGUGUUAUUAGGAGAAUCGUCUGUAGGAAAAACAGCUAUAGUGACUAGAUUUACAACUGGGGAAUUCCAAACUAAUAAUGCCACAAUCGGUGCUGCAUUCACAACGAAGGAGCUUGAGUGGGUUGGAGAAGAAGAUGAUAUUUCUAGAAAGGUAAGGUUUGAGAUUUGGGAUACAGCAGGUCAAGAAAGAUACCGUUCGUUGGCUCCGAUGUAUUACAGAAACACAGACGUUGCUGUAGUUGUAUUUGAUGUUACUCAACCUGAAAGUAGAGAUAAAGCGAAGUCAUGGAUUGAUGAACUCCAUUGUUAUGUGGAAGACUAUAAAAAAGAUGAUAUUGUAGUACAAGUUGUUGCGAACAAAUCUGACCUUAUAGUACGAGGGGAAUCCGAAGAUGUUUGGAACGGUGUGAAGUUGGUUUCUGCAAAAACUGGAGACGGUAUAGAGCAGUUAUUCAAGGAUAUAGCUGAAAAUAUGCCACUUGAUAAAUUCAAAUUGGUCGGAGGUAAUAAUGAGCUGGCGAAUGUCGACGAAAACACAUCUCGUAUAGAGCUGGACUCUGUACACCGGGCGAUAAAUAAUGCUUCAUGCAACUGCUAG